CAAUUCUUAUGGUAGCAGUAGAGGAUCAAGAGAUAAAUGGUUUUAGCUCAAAGAAAUCAAGCGAAGCCAGAGAUUGCUGUUGAAACUUGGUCUCGCCCGUUUAGAUGAAAAGCAUUUGUUGGCAGUUAUAUUUUUCGGAUCUCAGGUCUUGCUCACUUCCAUAAACAUUUGGUUGCCCUCUUUCUUUUGAGGGAAAAUCUGAUUGCCUCGUUUGGUUGUUUGGGAAAAGAAAUCAAGGAAAAUGGUUUAUCACUCUAGUUUUGUUGGUGAGGAAGGAAUUACUAAAGCUUGUGGCUUCCCUUUACUUCCUUUGAAAAGCCAUAUAAAGGGUCCUGCUCCUGUUUCAGAUCAAGGUAAAACUGAUAUUGUUGAUGAAGCGAUCACAUUCUUUCGUGCCAAUGUGUUCUUUAGAAACUUUGAUGUUAAGAGCCCUGCAGAUAAGCUCCUUAUAUAUUUGACUUUCUACAUAAAUGUGGCUUUGAAGAGGCUUGAGGGCUGUAGGACCUUGGCUGAAGGGACCAAGGCAAUCAUUAACUUAGGCUUGGAAAACGUUCCCGUACCUGGAGAAUCUGGUUUUCCUUUUCCGGGGCUCUUUGUGCUCCCACAGUCUCAAAAGGAAGCAGAACUACUUAGGAAUUAUCUGAAGCAAAUCAGAGAAGAAACGAGUGGGAGACUGUUGAGUGUCGCGUAUAGGCCCAAUGGAACUCCAAAUAAAUGGUGGUUAGCUUUUGCGAAAAGAAAAUUUAUGAAUAUAAUUAUUCCAUGAAAUGAAAAACGUUGUAUAUUGAAUCAAAAGUAGAAUGCAAAAGCCUACCAAAUAUUAUAUGUUUUGAAAUGCCUGUAAAACAAUUAACAUGUACAUUUCAUCACUUCCUUUUGAUGGAAAUUCAUGUGUUUGUCAUCUUGAAUGCUUCAUGAGACAAAGGAGCAGAAAAGGAUCAUUUUAAGCUUCUUACAA